CUAAUUGCUGUCAUUACAGUCGAGGCCGGCAGUUAGACUCGUUUUACUAAACAAGAUUUGACUUCCUGGUGGCUGCACCAUGCAGACUGUGUGACGGGCAGACGGUUACAGACGACUGGACAGACGAGCCGCCCUGCAUCUCACACACAGACAUCGAAUAAUGGGACUCAUUGCUUUCUUAACCUUCACCAUUAUCUGUGGAUGCUUUGUGGACAUCGUCUCAGGGGACGACUGUUCGUGUGAUGGUACUGGCGGAUGUAACACAACAAACAAAUGUUGGCCGGAAUCUGGUAAUUGCAUGAUGGAAAAUGUUGCUCUCGGCAAACGGGCAGAAAUGAGUUCUACCUACAGAAGUGGAAACACGGAGUCCGGCCCAGCUUGUCUCGCCGUCAAUGGAGACAGAAGUCACGUGCUUGUCUUGAAGACUGGACAGUCCACAGACAGACUCAACUGUAUUCACACUGACUAUAGAGUAACUUACGCCAGGUGGUCAGUGGAUCUUGGAGCUGAGUACACUGUCACAGGUGUCACUAUAUACAACAGAGAUAUACAUCUUGAUAGUUUGAGGAACGCCGCACUGACUGUAGAUGACCAACUUUGCGAGAUCGUCACAGACAGUAACAACUGGCUGGUACUGAACGUCACUUGCCGACAACCAGUGAGAGGACAGAACGUCACGUUACGCACAACAACAACAAGCGAAAAACGUUUUUUCAACUUCUGUGAACUUGAAGUGUGGGUGUGCAGUGCCGGCCGUUACGGUGCAACGUGUGGUCAGCAGUGCAGCAGUCGCUGUAGUAACGGAGCUUGUGACAACUACAAUGGCACCUGUCUACAGGGUUGUCAAAAAGGAUUUUACGGGGAUUUCUGCGACCAAACGUGUGUCCACUGCAAGAACAACAUCACGUGCGACCAAAAAUCUGUGAACUGUGUGUCAGGGUGUGAAGUCGGGUGGCAGCCACCAUUGUGCACAGAGCCUUGCUCUCCUGGGUCCUAUGGAGAAAACUGUCUCCAGAAAUGUGGUGAGUGUAAAGGCGGUAACACCAAGUGCGACAUUUACACGGGUGAGUGUGAGUCCGGCUGUCAGCCCGGGUAUCAGUCGACUUACUGUAACCAGAGCUGUUCUAGAGGUUUCUAUGGCGAUGGUUGUACCAACAAAUGCGGGAAAUGCACGAAGCCGCCAUGUCAUCACGUGACCGGUGUUUGUACUGGGGGAUGUGACAAGGGCUAUCAGGGACAACUUUGUAAUGAAGUCUGUUCUCCUGGAUCCUAUGGAGCCGACUGUAAGCAGUCCUGUGGUCAGUGUAAGGGAGGCAACACUGAGUGUAACACAACCUCAGGGGUGUGUGAGUCCGGGUGUCAGCCUGGAUAUGUAGCUGCUUACUGUAACCAGAGAGACGACUGUUCUUGUGAUGCUAAUGGUGGAUGUGAUACAACAAACAAAUGUUGGCCGAACUCUAAUAACUGCCGUAUGGAAAAUGUUGCUCUCGGCAAACGGGCAGAAAUGAGUUCUACCUACAGAAGUGGAAAAAUAGAGUCCGGCCCAGCUUGUCUCGCCGUCAAUGGAAACAGAAGUCACGUGCUUGUGAUGACUGGACAGUCCACAGACAGACUCAACUGUAUUCACACUGACGAAAACGUUAAGUACGCCAGGUGGUCAGUGGAUCUUGGAGCUGAGUACACUGUCACACGUGUCACUAUUUACAACAGGAAUUAUAAUCUUGAUAGUUUGAGUAACGCCAUGCUGAGUGUGGAUGACAAACUUUGCCAGAACAUCACAAACAGUAACAACUUGGUAUUUAACGUCACUUGCCAACAACCAGUGAGAGGACGGAACGUCACGUUACGCACAACAACAAAAAGCGGAAAAAAAUUCUUCAACUUCUGUGAACUUGAAGUGUGGGUGUGCAGUGCCGGCCGUUACGGUGCAACGUGUGGUCAGCAGUGCAGCAGUGGCUGUAGUAAUGGAGCUUGUGACAACUACAAUGGCACCUGUCUACAAGGUUGUAAGGCAGGUUUCUAUGGCGACUUAUGCAACCAGACGUGUGGUAGGUGCACGAAUAACGCUGCGUGCGACCAGAAAACUGGAAACUGUCCGGAAUGUGAAGAAGGAUGGAAGCCACCAUUGUGCGCAGAGCGCGACCCUUGUUGGUAUAACACAACAAACAAAUGUUGGCCGGACUCUAGUAACUGCGUUAUGGAAAAUGUUGCUCUCGGCAAACCGGCAGAAAUGAGUUCUACCUACAGAAGUGGAAACCAGCAGUCCGGCCCAGCUUGUCUCGCCGUCAAUGGAAACAGAAGUCACGUGCUUGUAUUGAAGACUGGACAGUCCACAGACAGACUCAACUGUAUUCACACUGACACUGACUCUAGAGACAGUUACGUCAGGUGGUUAGUUGAUCUUGGAGCUGAGUACACUGUCACACGUGUCACUAUUUACAACAGGGAUACAAAUCAAGACAGUUUGAGGAACGCCUUACUGUAUGUGGAUCACCACUAUUGCACGACCAUCACAGACAGUGACAACUGGCUGGUACUGAACGUCACUUGUCAACCUCCAGUGAGAGGACGGAACGUCACGUUAUACACAAGUACAGACAACAGAGAUAAACGUUUUUUCAACUUCUGUGAACUUGAAGUGUGGGUUUGCAGUGCCGGCCGUUACGGUCCAACGUGUGGUCAGCGGUGCAGCAGUCUCUGUAGUAAUGGAACUUGUGACAACUACUUUGGCACCUGUCUACAGGGUUGUCAAGAAGGAUUUUAUGGUCAUUUCUGUGACAAGAGGUGUGGUCAUUGCAAGAACAACAUCGCGUGUUACCAAAGUACUGGAAACUGUCUGUCAGUGUGUGAUGACGGAUGGCAGCCACCAUUGUGCACAAAGCCUUGCUCUCCUGGGUCCUAUGGAGAAAACUGUCGCAAGAAAUGUGGUCAGUGUAAAGGCGGUAACACCAAGUGCGACAUUUACACGGGUGAGUGCAAGGCCGGCUGUCAGCCCGGGUAUCAGUCGACUCACUGCGACCUCACCUGUUCUAGCGGUUCCUAUGGCGAUGGUUGUACCAACAAAUGCGGAAAAUGCGCGAAGCCGCCAUGCAGUCACGUGACCGGUGUUUGUACUGGGGGAUGUGACAAAGGCUAUCAGGGACAACUUUGUAAUGAAGUCUGUUCCCCUGGAUCCUAUGGAGCCGACUGUAAGCAGUCCUGUGGUCAGUGUAAGGGAGGCAACACUGAGUGUAACACAACCUCAGGGGUGUGUGAGUCCGGGUGUCAGCCUGGAUAUGUAGCUGCUUACUGUAACCAGACCUGCAAUAGAGGAUUUUAUGGCGACGCCUGUAGCCACUGGUGUGGCUACUGCAGACAGGGAGACUGUGAACAUGUCAAUGGUGUUUGUCCGGGUGGAUGUGUCGCAGGGUAUGCGCCCCCGCUUUGUAAUAAAAUCUGUGACCAAGGAUUGUAUGGCGACAACUGUCGCUACACGUGCGGCAACUGCAGUCAUGGAGAUAACUGUGAACCUGUCACUGGUGUUUGUCCGGGUGGAUGUCUGGCGGGAUAUCAGCCACCUCUUUGUAAUGAGACCUGUUCUAACGGUUACCAUGGAAUCAACUGUAGCUACACAUGCGGCAACUGUUCACAGACUGGGAAGUGCAGCCCUGUAGAUGGCGCUUGUUCUUCAGGAUGUCAAGGAGGCUAUGAACCACCCUACUGUAACACAACGUGCGGUCGUGGUUUCCAUGGCGACAACUGUGCGCAAACGUGCGGCUUCUGCGCAGUGGACACGUGUCAUCAUGAGACGGGUGUGUGUAGCUCCGGGUGUCAAAGUGGGUAUCACGGAGACUUAUGCAAGCAAGUGGCAGAAAGAGGAGGCGGCAGUGCUGGCAGAGUAGGCGGUGCUGUCGCUGGUGUUAUCAUCUUGGUUUUGAUUGGUGUUGUCGUCUUCUUUGUUGUUAGAAAUAAACGUCGCAAAGAAAGAAAGUCAGAUAUGGCCCUCCACCAUCACACAAAUACUAACAGGGAAGAGAAUGAUUACCAACCAAUGGCAGAAGCCGCCUUGAACAGCUCACCCAGUAUACCGCCCAUCAAACCACGUUCAUCCCCGAAACCUCCACACAGCCACAACAGCAGCGCCGCCACGCAGCCCACGGGCGACAACCUGUACAUGAACGUACCUGAACACACCGUCACGGCCAUGCCCACCCCCUCCAGCAGCAACUCCCUGGGAAACGACUUCGGCGAUGAACGCGGCGACGAUGACGACGACGACGACGACGUGUACACCAACGACAGCCUGUACGCCACCUUCCGAGCAUCCAGCCCUCAGCUGGACAGAGUGCAGCGCGCCCUGGUGGACCGUCUGGCCUCCGACCAACUUCCGGAAGAGUUCAAGGAGUUGCUCAAGGGACUCACCGAUGAUCACAAAGUAGCGAAACUCAACUCGAACAUAAAGAAGAAUAGAUAUGCUUCAGUCUUACCUUAUGACUAUAACCGCGUCAUCCUCAACGACGGCUUCCGGAAGGCACAGCUACUGACUACGUCAACGCCAGUUACAUCACAGGCUUCCGACAAGAGAAGAAAUACAUUGCGGCACAGGGUCCCCGUACCAAUACUGUUGCGGACUUCUGGAGAAUGGUGUGGCAAGAGAACGUGACUCAGAUUGUCAUGGUUACCAACACGGUUGAGGCUGGACAGGACAAGUGCGCCGAGUACUGGCCGGCUCAGGACAGCAUUGUGACCUACGGUCCGGUCACGGUGACCGCAGUGGACGUCCGCCAGAGGGCCAACUUCAUCAUCAGGACCUUCGUCCUCAAAAUGCGUCAC